AUGGCGGAAACGGUACAAUAUUAUCUCGAACAAAUGGUUCCUGAGCUCGAAGAUUUAGAGCGUAAGGGGUUAUUUACGAGGUCAGAAAUUCGAGCCAUCGUUAAAAAAAGGACGAACUUCGAGUAUGCCCUGAAACGGAGACCAGCUCAAAAAAUAGAUUUUUUGAAGUAUAUUGAAUAUGAAAUGAAUCUGGAUCAAUUGCGCAAAAAAAGAAAAGAUCGGUUAGCCAUAAGAGGAAAAGUCACGAUAUCAGAUUACGCGAUUACAAGAAGAAUAUAUCAUAUUUUUGAUCGUGCAGUCAUAAAAUUCAAGGGCGAUGUUUCUUUAUGGCUACAAUAUAUCGAAUUCUCCAAAUCAACAGAAGCAGGAAGAGCAAUUCAGAUGCAUCCAACAAAACCUGUAUUCUGGAUUCUUGCGGCAAAAUGGGAAUAUGAGGUCAAUGCCAAUAUAGUCUCUGCCAGAGUAUUAUUGCAACGAAGUAUACGUUUAAAUUCCGAAUCAACACAACUUUGGCACGAAUAUUUCAAAUUAGAACUAUUAUACAUUGAAAAAAUCAAAGCUCGUCGAAAAAUAUUGGGCAUAUCAACUGAGUCAACUGAGUCGUUAUCGGAAGAGGAAAAGCCAAAUACUGAAGAUGUUAUACUGGUACCAAAACUUAAUGAGGAGGAGGAUGAAUUGUUGGAUGAUCAAAAAACAAAUCUUUUGAAAGAGGAUGACAAUAAACUAUUAAAGGGAGAGAUUGUUAAGAUUAUCUAUUUGAACGCUAUCAAAGAAUUCGUUGCUGCUGUUAAAGAUAGUGUCAAUGAAUUUCAACAAAAUGUCAAGGAGUUAGAAAAUAAAGAGAUGUGGUACUUAUUUACGAAAUUUCUUAGGAGAUAUCUUUUCAAAAUUUCGGAGCCAAAUCUUCAUACUUAUUUUCAAAAGUUAUUAUCCAAAUCAUACAUUACUGCCUCCAAGUUAAAUCUUGCCUCGGAGCAAAUGUAUGCCGAUUGGAUAGAUUGGAUUGUUUCGGAUAGUGGAGAAUUAAAAUUAGAAGAAAUGCAAGAAAUAAUUAAAAAAUCUACCGAUGUUUAUCCGCAAAGUUCGGAACUUUGGUUGAAACGUAUUAGCAUUGCCAAGUCUCAUGGAGAUCAAUGCAAGGACAAAUCACUUGAUGAACUGUACAAAAUUGCGUUAGAAAAUAAUCCUUCGUCUGUGACAUUGUGGGAUUCUUAUAUUUCAUGGAUUUUUAAAAUGUGGAAACAGAGUGAAAUUAAAAAUGAAAAACUAGAAGAAAUAAUAAUGAUUGCUUCAUUGACACUAAACAUGCAAACCAAAGGGAUCCAUGCUGAUGAAAUCAAGGAUUUGGUCAUUGCACGAUAUUUAAAUUGGACCGACGAGACUGAUGGGCUGGAGAAGACUCGCAAGGUUUAUAAAAGCCUCAUUAACGAGAUAUUGCCAUCACUCGCAUUUUAUCAAACGUGCAUCAAGAUUGAACAAAAGUAUGUGAAUUACUCGAAUAUUACAUCUGAUACUAAGGUUCAUUUAGAAUGGCUUUAUGGACAAGUGCUUCAAUACGACAAAGUACCAGAUGAAUUGUGGCUUGACUACAUCAAGUUCUUAUUGAGUAAUGGUGACUCCGACUCCGAUCAGAUCACCCUCGCAUAUGAGCGUGGCCUUAAAGUAGUAUCGAAUCCAGAACAAUUUAAACGCAAUUAUUGCGAAUUGAGGGGAAAUGCAAUUAAUUAA